AUGCCAGCACCAGCACCAAAAAAUCUGCAAGAGGCAACGCAGGAUGCCGUCAACAUGACGAGGAAUCUGGCCGACUACCACGGGUACUCAAGCUCAGCAGUGGAUCCCUCCGUCACGGUGAUCUCAGUUGAGCGUACAGGUCUCGAUGAGAAUGGCAAUCUCGUCCGCGAAGCUGCCGAUGUUGACGACUCAAACGAAACAGCCCGACUCACAAUGAAGACAUCCGGCAGUGCAACAGACACAACGCCAGUACGUAAGGACAUCCACACACGUCUUGUGUUACGCAUGCGGGUCACCGAGAAGAUGGACAACAGUCUUGGCAAUAUGCAUGGUGGCUGCAGUGCCACUCUGGUCGACAAUAUUACCAGCAUGGUCAUCUUCUAUCACACUUCGGGCGCGAUGGGAACGCCCUGGUCAUUCCUCGGUGUUUCACAGAAUCUGAGCGUCUUGUAUAUGAAUGCGUGCCCCGUUGGAUCGGUGAUCGAGAUGGAUGUAUACUCGGAGCAGGUGGGCAAAUCGAUUGCGUUGCUGACUGCGGAGUUCUGGAUCGUGGAGCGAGAUGAUGGUCAGACGGACGAUGGAGAGGGUCCAGUAUACUCGGGCAAGUGGAAGCGCGUCAAGAAGACCAUCACUGGUACGCAUACCAAGGUCGACAACUCAGCAAAAGUGAAGCUUUAG